CUAUAUUAACGGCCAUUGCGGCGCCCCCCUCAGCGCCGCCUCCCGCCUCCUCCGCCCGGCAUCGCCUCCCGCUCGCGCCGCUCCCGCCAUGACCGAUGCGGCCGUGUCCUUCGCCAAGGAUUUCCUUGCUGGCGGGGUGGCGGCCGCCAUCUCCAAGACCGCUGUCGCCCCCAUCGAGAGGGUCAAGCUGCUGCUGCAGGUGCAGCACGCCAGCAAGCAGAUCUCCGCUGACAGGCAGUACAAGGGCAUCAUCGACUGCGUGGUGCGCAUCCCGCGGGAGCAGGGCGUCCUCUCCUUCUGGCGCGGCAAUCUGGCCAAUGUGAUCCGGUACUUCCCCACCCAGGCCCUCAACUUCGCCUUCAAGGAUAAGUACAAGCAGAUCUUCCUGGGCGGCGUGGACAAGCGAACGCAGUUCUGGCGGUACUUCGCCGGUAACCUGGCAUCCGGGGGUGCCGCCGGCGCGACCUCCCUCUGCUUCGUCUACCCCCUUGACUUUGCCCGAACCCGCCUGGCAGCGGAUGUGGGUAAAGCCGGGGCCGACCGGGAGUUCAGUGGGCUCGGUGACUGCCUGGUCAAAAUCUUCCGCUCAGAUGGCCUUGGGGGCCUGUACCAGGGCUUCAGUGUCUCUGUCCAGGGCAUCAUCAUCUACAGAGCCGCCUACUUUGGCAUCUAUGACACCGCGAAGGGCAUGCUUCCAGACCCAAAGAACACCCACAUUGUUGUCAGCUGGAUGAUUGCUCAGACCGUCACUGCUGUCGCUGGUUUGGUCUCCUACCCUUUUGAUACGGUUCGUCGUCGCAUGAUGAUGCAGUCUGGCCGUAAAGGAGCUGACAUAAUGUACUCUGGCACUCUUGACUGCUGGCGGAAGAUUGCCCGGGAUGAGGGCUCCAAGGCCUUUUUCAAAGGUGCAGGUCGAAUGUACUCCGAGGAAUGGGUGGUGCUUUUGUCUUAGUCCUGUAUGAUGAAAUCAAGAAGUAUACAUAAGUUGUUUCCUGUUGUGAACUGGCAUGUUGUUCUAUGUAGUCUAUGACCGUUCAUGGACUUGUUUGAAAACCAUCUAGUUACUAAACAGUGGUGGCUGAUGUUUAUACAGGUUGGCAUGGGGCAGGGGUGACUGCCUGCCCUGUCUUUAUCAAAUUAUUCCCCCUGAUGGGACUCAUGAUGAUUUCUAUUUCAGUCACUCCUGCUUAAAGACUACAGAGAAAUAAAAAUCCAAAACCAA